GCGCCGGGAAUAAAGUCGGGAGAAGAAGCGGCGAAAUGUGAGCGGGAUGGGGCGGCUGGAGCAGGGAGGGAGCGGGUAGGGACCGGCAGAGCCGCAGAACAAAGAGCUCGGGCUGCCGGCGGCGCUCCGGGGCUGCGGGGACGCGCAACUCGCGGGGAGACGCUUUGUCUGGGAAAAAAAAAAGGCUUGGAGAGGCACCACCUUCAUCCUGCCGCUCCCUCCCAUGCUGAAGGGAAGGAGGGAGCCUGGGAGCCGCAGCCGGAGAAGCGCCGGGGCAGAGCCGGAGCGCCCCGGGCUGCGCGGGGGUCCCGGUCCCGGUGCCGCCCUGCCCCGCUCGCCCCGCGGAGCAGCAACGCUUCAAAGUGAAAUUCCGGAGGAAAUUUAAAGAGCAUCCGCAUCCGGAGAAAGACAGAAAGAAAGAGGAAGGGGAGAAAGAAAUCAAGCCGUGGGGAGGAUCGCAGGCAGCUCGAGGAAGGACGGGAGAGAAGCGAUACCCGGCGGGGAUGGGGGAAUGAAUCCCUGUGGAGGCAGCACGAGGAAGGAACCUCAGAGCAGCUGAGAGACACCUGAGGAGGAGCUGAGGAGAGGGGACACCUACUAACUGCACGGGCCUGUAGCCUCCUGCCCUUACUAACAAAUGUCAACAACUCGGGAGCAGCCAAUCUUCAGCACCAGGGCCCAUGUUUUCCAGAUCGACCCUGCCACCAAAAGGAACUGGAUCCCUGCCAGCAAACACGCCCUGACCGUCUCCUACUUCUACGAUGCCACCCGCAACGUGUACAGGAUCAUCAGCGUGGGGGGCACCAAGGCAAUCAUCAACAGCACCAUCACCCCCAACAUGACCUUCACAAAGACAUCCCAGAAAUUUGGGCAGUGGGCUGACAGCAGAGCCAACACCGUGUAUGGGCUGGGCUUUGCCUCGGAGCAACACCUGUCCCAGUUUGCAGAGAAAUUCCAGGAAGUGAAGGAAGCAGCUCGUUUGGCCAGGGAGAAGUCCCAGGAUAAAACAGAGCUGACCAAUCCUGCCCUGAACAUCACCUCCCACCAGGUACUUCCCAGCCCCAUCAUCAGCUCCAAUGGGCCGGGAGAGGAUAAAUUAUUCCGGAGCCAGAGUGCUGAUGUGGAGAUAACAACGGAGAAGGAGAGGCUGAAGAAGAUGCUCUCAGAAGGCUCCGUGAGCGAGGUGCAGUGGGAAGCUGAGUUCUUCAGCCUCCAGGACAACAACAACAAGCUGGUGGCUGCUCUGCACGAGGCCAACGCCAACGUGGACCAGUGGAAGAAGCAGCUGACGGCGUAUCAGGAGGAGACGGAAACGCUGCGCCAGCGGGUGGCAGAGCUGGAGUCGCAGGGGACUCACGAUUCCUCCAGCGAGAACAACAAGGAAGAGCUGAGCCAAACCCUGGAGGAGCUGGAGCUGCUGAUCAAGGCUAAAGAUGAGGAGAUCCAGAUGCUGAAGAGCCAGAAGUGCGGCCGGUGGGAGGCGGAGGGGGAGCGCGAGGAGACGCUGCAGAAGCUGCAGGAGCUGGAGGCCCGGAACGCAGAGCUGGAGCAGCGCCUUCGCCUGGCUGAGCAGACCCUGGCCGAGACCCUGGCCGAGAGGGAGAAGAUGCACAACGAGGUCACCAAGGUGGCCGAGAUCAUGGAUGUGAAGAUCUUCGAGCUCAGUGAGCUCAGGCAGGGACUGGCCAAGCUGGUGGAGAGCAACUGAGCAGCAGCAGAGCCGGAGCAGCCCCCUCGGAGCAGGGGCAGCCUCAGCUGGGACUGGGCACCGAGAGCUCCUGUGGUCACAGGGCAUCCUCGUGGCCUGUCCGGGCAGGAUUUGCCACCCCACCAGCAGCUGCCUGGACAGAGUGGACACCAGACCAGCCACUCACUGCCCAGCGAGCCCCCAGAGCAGGGCAGAGAGGACCUGAGCUCCUGAAUCCUCUCCAGGGAGCACCUGAGCCCCCAAAUCCUCUCCAGGGAGCACCUGAAGUCCCAGCCAGAUGUCUCUGGCCCCUGCCAUGGCCGUGGCAUGGCCCAGAGAUGGCAGCUGUGCCCGUGCUGCCUUCCCACCUCCCUGCUGCCACACUGUGUCUCCCAGGUUUUUACAUUUUCUAAGGGGAAGGGGCUGAGCCGCCUUGGUGGGGUUUUUUUCUGUAGUUUUUUAGGAAACCACUUGCCUUUUGCAAAUCAGCUGCCUGUUUCCCUCACCGAGGGGAGGGAGGAGGAGUUUAGCACACCCAGGACAAGUUCCUCCUUUUCCUCUUCCCCAAUCCUGUGUCUUUCCAGCAGGAUCCAGUCACUGUCAGGAGCACCCCGAGGUCCCCACUUGCAGAGAUGGGAGCUCCCCUGACCCCGUGUCCUUCCCACUGCUCUUCCAGAAGAAGAACUGCAGGGUUUAAAGCCUGGCUGAGUUGAACACGGUGGGAUUUAAUGACUGGUGAAAACUUUGAGCUGAGCAGAGCAGAGGCUUGGUUGAGGACGGUGAAUUUGGGAAAUGGGACGUCCCUCAGGGCACGGCCACCAAGCUGCUGGGUUGGCAUCUCUCCUGGCCUCUGAGGGCUGCAGUUAAUUGAAAUUAAAUGGAGCAAGUCAACAGUUGCUCUUGGGUUCUUUUUUCCUUUUUUUUCCCCCCUCUUAUAUUGGGAAGCAGCCCCAGGGAUGUCGUGCUCAUGUCCUGCUCAUGUCCUGCUCCUUGUGACGGGGACGGGUCCCAGCUGGAUUCAAGGAGAGCAGGAGGUGUUGGGAGCACGCUGGGACCGGUGCCCUGAGGGGCCUGUGGGAAGUUUGGGAGUUACCCCUGAAGUUUGGGAGUUCUCCUAGAUGUUGUCCAGCCUUUGGAACUGAGCAAGGCCUGAGGGAGGCCUGGGGAAAGCUGGAAUUGUGUCCCUCACCUCUGUCAUUCCCAGAGCCUGUGGGAGUGUCUGUAGCUGUAGUUGUAACCUUACAGGAGUGUUGAUGGAUUUGGAUGUGUUUUGGGCUUGUAUUUUUGUCCUCUUUGCCACUAAAAAUUAGGCAAAGGCAGCAGAAAUCCUGGGAAUGUUCCCUGUGGAGAGGCCCUGCCUCUCCUCUCACUCACCUGGUGGCCGCAGAGGAACCCGCAGCUCCCCCACUCCGCUGCGAGUCAGGGCAGGACCCGGGUCUGGCACCUCGGGAAUCUGCUGGAGUGGGGAGAGAACUGCUGGUGACUCUGUGCUGGAUCGUGGCCAGGCAAAGCCCUUCCCUUCCCAGGGAAACACAGAAAUUCCCAGACCUGCGGAGCCAGGGAAGAGCUCUUCUCCUCUGGGUCUGGGUUUUUCUUUUUCCCUUGGUUAGUUUUUACUUUAUUUUCAUUUCUGUUGCAUGAAGUGUUCUCACAACUGUCUGGGGCUGGAGCUGCUGUAGUAACAUUUUGUUCCAGGGUAUUGAAGAAGACAAGGAAGGAAGUGGGUGGCAAAAAAUUUUUCGGGAUUUGUUUCCCACCCCAUGCCAGUGUUGGAUAUUUUCUCCCUCCAGGAGCACCUUCUUUUGAAAUAGAGAUCAGCUCCAAGCAA